UGGCGAGCUUAUUUCUGACUUCAACAAGCUGUCACCUUUCGUCCAUCUCAAUCGUCGGCGUGGGUCGCUGACUUACUCUAACGGCAUACAAGGAUGGCCGUACAGAUUGACAUGCAUCAGAAUACGCACUGAUGCCGCAACACUCUCAAUCCCGUAUCCCGAAUCCCCCCGCUGUCAACUUGCCUAUGCCGUUUGACAUCUGUACGCUACGAGUUUCUUGUUCGAGGGUCCGAGGGCGGGUCUCCAGCGCGCUACUUCUUUCAUCAACCAGGUAUAGCGAGAAUCUUUUGCUAAUUUGAUCCAAUUGAAGGGCAAACUAUCAAAGCGCUGAGUGGGAUGGGCUUGAUGUGCACGAAAACACGAUAGAAAUUGUCUAGCUGCGUUGCAACACAACAUGAGUCUUGAACGAGUGUGAUCAAGAUCCGCGAGUCCAGACAGCUGCGGUCUGAAGGUUCACACAUCAAUGGUACCUCGACACCAAGGCAACUGUCAAAUUCGUUCCAAAGAACUCGAACCUGAACGACCCGCCGGCGGGGUUCAAGGUCCUGGGGGCCCAAAUCCUUCUUUCGGCUGUCAUUGUCAAUCUGUCAGAGUCGUGGAGGCUUCCGAGAAUGCGCAAGGUCACUAGGACUGCCUGAGCCUAGGGACCCAUGGCGGGCUUCUCCGGCUUCCCAUGUCACGGCAUCCUGUUCAACGAGGAUUCUGGCGCAUGUUCUCAAUCAGAAAUUUGUGUUGAUGGAAGAAAACCGAGCAUCUCGGUCCAGAACUGCACACUUCCAUCGCCUAGUCAAAGUUCGACAAAGGUAGCGCAGAGUGAGCUCCAAGCGAGAAUUGCUACUCCUGGAAGCCGAUAUAUGGGAGGGUGGGCAGAUCUUUCUCGAGUCAAACUUCGGGACUUGCCUAAUGGACUUGACUUGCUAGAACGCCGCCGGGAUGCGCGGAGAAUUUCUCGCCCACAGGCCAACUUCCCCUCUGACAAGUUUGACACUUAGUUUUGCCCAUCGAUACCUCUGUGGCUCUCGGCAGAUUUGUCUUUGAUUAUACUUUUCAUAAAUCAGACGAUCCUGCUAGAAUCUCACCAACGAGGCGGCCAAACACAAGAUCUGGAGAAACAUGCCAGUUCAUCGAGAAGUCCAUGUGCGGCAGUGGGGCGGGCGAACUGAUAUCUCUUUCGAAUUAAACGGCAUUCGCCUGCUUAACACCAUGAAAACAUACUGUCGCUCUCACCAUUACCCUGCUUACAUUCAAGGAGUGUUACUCAUCAGGUCCCAAGGCUCUCAAGAACGUCCUGCUAGUCAGGCCAGGCCGUUUGGACGUUGGGCAAAAUUCACAGCAGGCGCUCACCAUUCCAGCCCUUCGGCUAAGCGGCUGUCUUGAAAUCUAGUUGGCAGGGCAAUCCCAUUGACUUUCCGGACAAGCGGGCCUUGACGCCGCUCCGAAAGCGACUUUUUGAGAACUCCUGUCAAUUCUGAAGCUUUGAGAAAUGCCGUCACGGUAUGACUUGAGCAAGAGUAGCCUCUGUUAUUCAGUCACUCCAUCAGACAACCUGAGAAGACGACACAUUAUAUCUGGUGAACUAUUCAAGUCCCCGCUCGGUGAAUUUCCCUUGUCCCUGAAAAGCCCGAGCUGGACGCCUUGAUGCAAAUGCCCAUUCCUGAUCUGGCAGACCAAUCACCUUUGGCCAUUGUACCGCCUCGGAGAUAGCCGGUCACAAGCCGGGCGUGUACUUGCUUGAAAGUCAUCUGGGCGUAGAAGAUCAGGAGAUACAUCAGCACCGCCCGAGCUCUCCUUCGCCCAAAACACCGACGUGACCAGAUUGUAAAAUGCUGAGGGUAAGAGUCGGGUGAAUCCGGAAACGGGAACGAUCAAGCAAGCCCGACUUACCAGAGCGAGGACCCGACAGUGUAUUGUCCAAGAUGCUGCUCAGGAUGUUUAGAGGAGUAAUAUGGCAUCACUCACAAUGGCGCAGGCCGCUAAUUGUUUGCAGAUCUUGUCCUGUCCGUAAAUGGUUCCAACUUAUACCUCCUGACCAUCAUCUGGCAUUUUCUCUCCUUCUCGCAAUCGUUUACUAAGGUAUGCGUAGGGGGAACUAACCGCAUCACGACUUUAAGGUGAUGGCCAGUGCAUCGGAUCCUUCAGCCGGGUUAGGCCCCACAACACCCCGAACGUUAUGCCGGUCAGCCUCCCGCUCCCUUCGGCAUAAUAUUUCGGCCGACUCACCUGCUACAGCACGUACGAACCAACGAAAAUUGCGCUAACAACAUCACACCCGUUUCUAAGCCGGUGCUUAAUCCGGUCGUACGAACCCAGCCGGACUACUCUCAUGCCCUGCACUUUUGCGGACUUGGCUCCCUCGGCGGCGGAGAAAUCAUGACUUGCUCGGACUUUGUGUGGAUGGUGAAUCAGUACAAACGUAAUGAUAGGCCGGCCGGCUCGCACUCGGUCGUCCAUGAUGCCAUUCACGGCGCCCUACCAACGUGGCCUCGACGGUGGUUGAGCCGCACCGGCGUAAGGCUUCCCAACGGAGCGGGCCUGUUGGGUGAAAUUUCACUUAUGACCAAUUUAGCCUUGGCUUGGGCACAUUGAAUGUCAUAUAAGGCUAUGGGAAUGGCCCUUGACUGAUUCACAAUAUCAGUUCAAGAGAACUCAUCUUGUUGAUCACAGUCCAAUAAGAAGAUAUACAACUGGCUAAGCACAAGUCAGGUCCAGUUUUGACCCUUUUGGACCUCCUAUCUCGAACAUAAUCACACUUCUCCGAAUGUCUACUACACAAACAGAAACACCAGCAGUGGUGCUGGAAAAACAAACCACCCAAAUCGACCAAAAUGGCAAGGUCGUCUUCAAACCCUCACGGGAGUUCCUCCUCGCCUUCAGCGCCCUCUGCGCCAUCGCCUUAGCCGUCGCCUUUGACGCAACAACCCUCUCCGUCGCCCUCCCGACAAUGAGCGUCGCCCUCGGCGGAACCGCCCUCGAGGCCUUUUGGUCCGGCACGAGCUUCCUCCUCGCGAGCACGGUGCUACAGCCCACCGUCGCCGGGCUCAGCAGUAUCUUUGGGCGCAAGGCCCUCGUGUACGUCUCGGCACUGCUCUUCGCCGCGGGCUCCAUCGUCGGCGCCCUCGCCAACAACUUCCACGUCGUCAUCGCGGGGCGGACCAUUCAGGGCGUGGGCGGCGGCGGGAUCCUCGCCCUCACGGAGGUCAUCAUCACGGAUCUCGUCCCGCUCGCGGUGCGGGGCCAGUGGUUUUCGCUCCUGUCGGCCGUUUGGUCCGUGGGUACGGUCACGGGGCCGCUGAUCGGCGCCGGCUUCGCGCAGAAUAUCUCAUGGAGAUGGAUCUUUUGGAUCAAUCUUCCAAUCAUCGCCAUCGGCGCGGUCAUGAUCUUCUUCUUCCUCAAGCAGGCCAAGGUGCCCGGCCACAUUGGGACCAAGCUCAAGAAGUUUGACUGGCUCGGGAGCUUCUUGUUCACGGCGGGCUCGACGAGUUUCCUGUUUGGCAUCUCGACGGGCGGUGUCAUGUAUGAGUGGGCCUCCUUCAGGUGUCUGCUGCCGAUGAUUCUGGGCGUUUUCAUUCUUGUGGCCUUUGGGUUCUGGGAGCUGAAGUUUGCGCCGGUGCCCAUGAUCGACAAGGGCAUCUUCAACAACUGGACCAUGGUCGCCAACUACAUCAUGACCGUUUUCCAUGGCAUGAUCCUCUGGUCGAUUCUCUACUUCCUUGUCCUCUACUACCAAGCCGUCAAGGACUACUCCGUCGUCGUCUCCGCCGUCGCCGCCCUCCCAGAAAGUCUCACAGUCGCACCCUCCGCCAUGGCCGUCGGCCUCAUCGCCGGCGUCACGGGUCGGUACCGCUGGUCCCUCUGGGCCGGCUGGGUCAUGAUAACCUUUGGCGCCGGCCUCAUGUGCCUCAUGCGGCCCGACACCUCCGUCCCCGCCUGGAUCUGGCUCAACAUUCCCAUCGGCCUCGGCACGGGCAUGCUCUUCCCGGCCAUGGCACUCUCGAUCCAGGCCGCCUGCGAACCGGCCCUUAACGGGCAAGCCGCCGCCUUUUAUUCUUUCUUGCGCACAUUUGGACAAUCUGUCGGCGUCGCCGUCUCAGGCGUCAUUUUCCAGAAUGCGUUCCGCAACAGGCUGCUCGAUAUCCCUUCGCUAGCGGACGUUGCGGAGGAAUACUCGCGCGACGCGACGAUUGUGGUCGAGGUGAUCAAGAGAAUGCCAAAGGGCGAUGCGAUGAGAGCGGACCUGGUGGAGGCGUAUUGCGAUGCGCUGCGGGCGAUUUGGAUCAGCUUGAUUGCGUUUGGCGGGUUCUGCAUGCUCAUCAGCGUGACGGUCAAGAAGUACAGCUUGGAACAGGAGCACGUCACAGACCAGAGAUUGGUCACGAGCGACGACACGAGUAAGGAGGACGAGGAGAGCCAGGGAGGGGAUUUGGAAAGGGGGCAGAAGGUGAGAUGUUAAAUGAGUUGAUUCUCGAGCCGCAAGACGUGCGAGAAAAUUCCCUAGACGGGUUCUAUCAGUUUCAGAGCUGGACAUCGCCUCUCCUUUCACUUACAUAUCCUCCAUGAGGAUUAAACAUUAGACGUCAUAAGCGGCUGGAUCUUGGAUAUCGGAA